AGCCCACUAUUCACAGAGAGGACGAAGUAGUUUUUACAAAUCUUAGAGAGAGAAAGCUUAAGAGAGAGAAGAUCGAGCUCGAAGAAGAACCAGAGCAAACAUUUUAAACAUUUGUAUACACAAAUCUACAUACCGAAGAAACGCAUGUAUAUUAGGCAUGUAUUAUCUUGUGAGUGAUUAGGGUUUCCAAUUUCAAAAAAGGGUGAGUUCAAUCAUAUGUUAUCGUGUCCUGUAUUUCUAGGGCAAAAAAUUCCUUUGAUUUUUAAAAAUUGGUGCAACUUAUAUCGAAGGAAAAGCGUAAUAGGAGGGGUAAAAGUUUUGUAAGCUUGAAAUUGUUGCAGAGCUCCUGGGAAUUCAGUUCUUGAAAUCAAUGGGAGAGAAACGCUUCUAGGUUAUUAUAGUGGGAAUGCAUGGAUGUGCUUCAGGAUCUCUGCUUUUAGUCAAUGCUGGGGUUGAUUCCAUGGGAGGAGCUAUUGAUGGUGGAGUUGAAAUCUCUUCUGCACCAUCUCCUCACCAGUCAUCAGUUCUUGAGAAAACACAAGCAGAGCUUAGGGAGACAUUCAGCGCUGCUGAAAAAUAUAGAAGAGAAUUAGAGUUUUUACAGAAGGGUGGUGAUCCAUUAGACUUGAAAGUUGGAACUGCAGCAUCAGUUAGCCUGCAGUCCACCUCGCUGACAGAUCAACAUCCUGAGCAAUUUGUGACAAGUGAAGUGAAAGGCAGUUUUGCAAUAACCGCCUCACCUCAUGGAGAUUCUGUUGAAAGCAGUGGCAGAUUAGGGGCUCUUUCAGUUGGUGAACCAAAUAGUGCUGAUAAUCUUAUGUUAUUUGAUGGAAACAAUAAGUUUCGUGAAGUUGAAAGAAUACUCACCAAAGAAUCUGGAGAAUCUGUUGCACUUGAACUUCCUAAAAAAUCAUAUAAGCGUAGGAUUAGGUCUAGACCAAAUCGCCAUGCUUCAAGGGAUACCAAGGGAUUGGUGCAUAAUGUAGAGAAUCAGGAGCUCAAGCAUUUGUCAAAUUCCAAUUCUUCCAACCCUAAAAGUCCUAAUGUUGGCUUGACCCUCAAGAAUUUAGGUUCCAACAGUUGUUUAGACAUAAAAUCAAAUGGUACACAGACCCAAAUAUCUGAUACUCAAGAAAUCCCACUUUCCAUGUCCCCUGUAGAGCCUGGAUCUGUAGGGCAUAUAGAGCAGGAGAAAUUGUCAGGUUCUGAGCACCCUCCAGAUGUGGAUGCACACACAGUUGAUCACCUGUCUUUAUUGGGUCAAACAAAGGGUUUUGACUCCAAAUCAUCAUGCUGCCAAACCGAUCAAAGUUUAGAUGGUAAUAGUAAGAAUGAAGUGCCAAGUAGUAUACAAAAUGUUACUUCUAAUGGGGCUAUUGAACUUAAUAUCGCAUCAAAGGAGGCACCAUGCAUGGAGGGUAGUGGUGUAAAUACAGUGAAGGAUGAUAAGAUAUUGAGCAUCAACAAUGAUAAGAAUGAGAUUGAUCCGAAACUUAAGGAAGAGGAAGAAGGUUUGAAGGAAUCUGAAUCUGAAUCUGCCUUGCAACAUGAGUUGGAUAAGUCUGUUUGCUCUACAGGUAUUGAUUUAGAUGGCUGGACUACUUCAGAAAUAGAAAGAAAUCCUCUAGAGCAAAACGUGUGUUCUCAAAACAAUCUGAAAUUGGCAACAAAGGAACAUGAAGACUCAAUUUUAGAAGAGGCACGGAUUAUAGAGGAAAAACGUAAGAGGAUAGCUGGAUUAACAGAUGGAAUCUUUAAAUCAGAGAGUAAUCAUACAUCACAUUGGCAUUUUGUUCUUGAAGAAAUGUCAUGGCUGGCUAAUGAUUUUGCACAGGAACGACUUUGGAAGGUAACUGCAGCUGCUCAAAUUUCUCAGAGAGCUGCUUAUACUUCACGGGUCAGAUUCCAACAGCAAAAUUCUUCACGGAUGCAAAAAAAGGUUGCUCAUACUUUGGCAGAAGCUGUCAUGGAGUUCUGGCACACACUGCAGGUGAAAUGCCAUGGAUUGGAGUUAGAGGGUGCUAAAAAAGAUUCUAUGGCUGGACUUGAUCAAUAUGGGAUGAGAUUCUUGGAGUAUAAUAACUCCAAUGCUCAGUACAACUCAGCUCAAGCGCCUGUUACUCCUGAUAGGAUAUCUGAUCUUGGCAUCACAGACGUUUCAUGGGAGGAUAAUUUGACAGAAGAGAACCUAUUUUAUAUAGUACCACCUGGUGCAGUUGAGGCCUAUAGAAAAACUAUCGAAUCUCAUUUGCUACAAUCUGAGAGAACUGGCAGUAGCAUGCAAGAGGAAGUGGAUGUCAAUGGGUAUGAUGAUGUUGCAGAUAAUACACUUGAAGAGGAUGAAGGAGAAACAAGUACAUAUUAUCUGCCAGGGGCAUUUGAAGGUAGCAGGAUGUCAAAACCCACUCAGAAGAAAAGGAAACAGAGCCAACCCUUUAAGUCAUAUGUUGGAAGACCAUACGAGCCAGGGGCAGAUUUGUCAUUUCCACAAUCCCUUGAAAGAAAUAUCGGGACCCAACCUUCUGUGAUAAGUGGGAAACGACCUGCCACCAGUAUUAAUGUUUCAAUUCCCACAAAACGUGAUGAACAAAGUUCUUUACAUGGUGGGUAUCAAAUACCGAAUAAUAUGGAAGCAGAAUCAGUUGGAGACUAUGAAAAGCAGCUGCACUUUGACAUGACAGAAGUAUCAAACAGACCCAAAAAGAAAAAGAAGUUGCAGGGUUCCACAUUUGACCACCGAUGGCAGCUUGGUUCUAAUUUUCAGAAUAAUGAACAGAAGGAGCACUCAAAGAGGAGGUUGGAUACACGUCAAUUUGAUUCGAAUGGAAACAGUGUGGGUUCUCAGAUGAGUAAUAUGUCCAACCCCAAUAAGUUCAUGAAAUUACUUGUGCGUGAUCGUGGUAGGAAAGCUAAAUUGCUUAAGACCCCUGUAGGGCAGCAGCAAGGUUCAGGAAGUCCAUGGUCAUUAUUCGAAGAUCAGGCCCUUGUUGUGCUGGUUCAUGAUAUGGGUGCCAACUGGGAACUAAUAAGUGAUGCCAUCAAUAGCACUUUGCAAUUUAAGUGCAUUUCUCGUAACUCGAAAGAAUGCAAAGAGCGUCAUAGAAUAUUAAUGGAUAGGAACUCCGGCGAUGGUGCUGAUAGUGCUGAGGAUUCAGGCUCAUCUCAACCUUAUCCUUCCACUUUGCCAGGCAUCCCAGAGGGAAGUGCAAGACAAUUGUUUCAACGGUUGCAGGGACCCAUGGAAGAAGACACACUCAAAUCACAUUUUGAAAAGAUUAUUGUGAUUUCAAGAAAACUACAUUAUAAAAAGUCACAGAAGGAUAAUCAGGAUCCAAAACAACUCCAGCAACCUCAUGGCUCUCAUGCACUUGCUCUUUCUCAAGUCAUCCCAAAUAACCUCAAUGGUGGACCUGUCCUCACGCCACUUGAUCUGUGUGAACCGAUUUCAUCCACCCCGGAUUUUCUUCCUGUUAAUUAUCAAGCUCCUCAUAUGGGUGCACCAAUGGUUCCUGGGUCAACCUCAACCCCAGCUCCCUCACUACCCUCUUCUAAUUUGGUGUUCAGCAGUCAUUUAUCCUCCACUCCAUCUGGUUCAAUUAGUCCCUCUGUUGGUGUUAGGGAAGGAAGAUACGGGAUCCCUAGACCAGGAAUGGAUGACCAGCAUCGAAUGCAACAAUACAAUCAAAUGUUGUCUGCAAGGAACAUGCAGCCUUCAACUUUACCUUUGCCUCAUUCCGAUCGAGGUGUUCGUGGUAUGUUGCCAGGUGUCAUGAACAGAGGGAUGAUGAUGACAAGACCACCCCCGCUUCAAGGGGUUAAUAACUCCAACCCUCAAUCUGUCAUGAAUACCGGUCAAGUGAGAUCUCGUGAGGCUGUGCAUAUGAUACGGAAUCCUGAUCAGCAAAGGCAAAUUAUGGUACCAGAUGCUCAGAUGCAAGUAUCACAAGGUGGGACCACUCAAGGAAUUCCCGCGUAUCCAACUGGAAUUGCUUCUUUCCCUCAACCACCUGUCCAGCCAUACCCAAUCUCCCCCCACAUGCCAACUACCAAUUCUCAUCCACAUCAUCUUCAAGGACCACCACAAAAUCCAGCUUUUGGAAUGCGGUUGAUGAAAGAGAGACAACUCCAGCAACAACGCUUGCGACAACAGCAUUUUGCUGCGUCCAAUCCCGUGACGCCACAUGGACAACCACAACUUCCAGUUUCCUCCCCUCAAAGUCAAAGUAGCAGUGCGCAAUCCUCACCGGUGACUCAACAGCUGCAAAAACCAGCAUCCGCUGGGCUUGUGCGUAACCCUCAGACUGGCACUGGCGGCAAUACGGUGAAGCCGCAGCGGCGUCCGCCACAGCAGUUCCAACCACCUGGCGGCAGGCCACAGCUGGCAGCUAAAGUUGUGAAAGGAAGUGGAAGUGGAAGAGGAACAGCUGGCGAUAAUGGGUUUGUUGCAGAGAAAGGUGAGAUGCAUCAUAUGGUGCAAAGUGGACCAUCUGGAUUGAAUCAGAAGAGAUUACCUGGUCAACCUCAACCACAGCAAAAGGUGAAGAUGGGAAUGGGGAGUCAAAGUCAACUAACAGCUGCUCAAAAGAUUGUACUGCAGAAUAGAAAAGCAAAUCCUUCUGAUUCACCUGCUGCAACUGCAAGCAAGCUGCAAGCUAGAGGAGCAACUCUGCCUUUGCCUUUGCCUUUAACCAAACCCAACUCUCAGACAUCCUGUGAUGAUUCUGGGGAUCCAAAUAGGAAGGUUGAGUUUGAAACACCUGAAACUCAAACUGAAACAACAACCAAUGCAAGUGCAAGUGCAGAACAUGCGAUCAGGCCAUUCAGAUUGAGCCGGCUGCUGUUCACAUGUAAUACCAAUGUACAGAUGACGUUCAUAGUUGCAUUCCGUCAAGCGGGGUAA